CCCAUUGCCUUUGUCUCCAGUCUCUCUCUCUCUCUCUCCCUCUCUCAGACUACCACCUUCAUCUCCCUCUCUCAUACUCCCGCCUCAACGCCGCCGCGCCGCCGCCGCCUCCAGUUCCAUCGCGGCCUCCUCGCUGCCUCUACGUCGCCGCCGCCUCCACCAGAUCCAUCGCGGCCUCCUCGCUGCCUCCAGAUUCCUGGCGGUACAUCAUAUGGUCAGGCUAUGCGACGUCGUCAUCGAGAAAUAAUGGAGCAAGUCAAAGAGAGUGAUAAAGAAGACCACAUGCAUAUACCCAUUGAGGGGCAUUCAUCUACGUCCGACAAUGGAUUUGAUUCCCAUAGCCCCCAAACACCCCACCCUAGCAUUGUCAAUUCCAUGCCUUCUUCGUCACCUCCACUUGAAGUUGGAGGAUUAUCCACGUCCACUAUUGUCCCUCAAAAUUGUCGAAUGAUACAACCGAUGGAUUCUUCGUUUGAUAACAUUGACUGCAAACGAGACAUUACUAGAAUAAUCAAAUCUAACUUUGAGAAGCCGUACACUAGCUGGAAAAAGACAGACCCUGCUGUGAGAGAUGUGUGGUUUAGCGAGUUUAAGAAGAAGUGGUCUUGGGAGCCUGAAAAAGAAUAUCAAAUAAGAAAAAACUUUGAGAAAACGGCGUCAGAUCGUAUGAUUGACCUUCUAUUUAAUGUGAGAAAAGACUUAACGAAACGACCAAGUUGGAUGUCUCCUCAAGUAUUCGAAGCAUUAAAGGAAUAUUGGAAUACCUCACAAUUUAAGACCAAAUCUGAAAAGGCCAAGAAAAAUAGGGUCUCAAAAGCUGGAGGCAUUAUGCACACAUGUGGCUCCAUAUCUAUGUCCGAGCACAAGAGGAGAUUGACUAUGAAACUUGGUCGCCCAGUCACACAAGCUGAGUUAUUCCUUGCCACUCACAAAAGAAAGGAUAAUUCAGGAUUCGGUGGUAAGAGGCUUGAGGAAAUUUAUGCUGACUUUCAAACGCAACAACAGGAGGUAUCGUCACAAGCAUCAACAAGUGGCCCAUUAAAAGAUAGUGAUGGUGAGCAGCCCUUGCAACCACCUUCGUCAUCGUCCAUGGAUCAAAUUCUACAAGUUAUAAAGGAGGCAGUUAGAGAAGCUGCAAGUCCCAUAAACCAGCGUUUGUCGGCCUUGGAAGAUAAACUCUUAAAUCGUUCUUCAUUAUUGCCGCGCCAGAAUCAUUCUGAUCAUUAGGAGAAUUCGCCAUUGACAUGGAUAGAUUUUAGGUUGUAGUAACGUUUGCUAGAUAGAUUUAUUCACGGACAAUAUUAGUAUUAUUCCUAUUAUAUAUUUAUGCAUGGAUGAUGUCAUUUACUAUGAUGAAUUUAUAUUUAUGCAUGAUUUUUAAUUUAAUUUAUUUGUUUUGUU